AAGGAAACUAAAAUAUUUGAAAUAUGGCACCUAAAAAGCGAGUCUGCUUCAAACGUUGCGCAGUUUUGAACUGUAUGUCUAACAGUAAAACAAAUUCAAAGCUAAGAUUUGUUUUUGUACCCUAAGAAACUGUUACAAGAGCUGUUUGGUUGGAAGAAAUGCAAUCAACAUUUCGCACCUGCAAAAUGUACUGCUGUGAACUUCAUUUUAACUUAGAGAAAGAUUGUGUUGAUUACGAAAAAAACAAAGGAUGUUCCUUGAAGCUAAAGGUGGGAGUUCUUCCACAUAUGAAUUUGCCUAUAAAAUCACCUAGUGGGAAUGUUUCCACUACAAGUGGCUCAGUGGAUCAUUUGUCCUUGGAUACAAGUAUUGGUCGAGCCAAACUUGUUGAAAAAACUGCGUUACCAUGCGAAAAUUUCAGUGAAACAGUGUUGAGUUCGUUAGAUGCUAGGAAUGAUAUAGUGGAUCCACUGUAAUCGAUUUUGGCACGACCUGUAUGCGAUGAAGAAUUAGAAGAAACAAUGGUAUCGAAGGUACCACUAUCCACAUCAAGAGUUUCGAAUGAUGAACGACCGGGGACUUCUGGUGUAUUACAAUCUUGGCAGAAAAAUUACGAUCAGCACUCAGCAAGUGACAGCUCAUCAAAAAGUAAAAUUACUACGAUGCAAUCAAACUUGAACUCCCAAUCAACUUUUCAUCCCUCAGCUGUGAGCACCACCGAAUCUUCAUCACUAGAUGUUGUGCCGCAUAUAAUAAAAAAAAUUCAACUGGAAUACACAAUGGGAGCGAUGAAAAAUUAUCCAAAACGAUUUUUGGGGAUCCCGGAAGCAUCGAUCCACGUUUUGAACAUUCUAUCAGAUGCUACAAACAUAGCUAUUCGCGAUAUUUGUAUUAUUAUCCGAAAGCUUAGAUUAAACGAGCCACACUGGCAGCUGGCAAUACAAUUCGAAUUGUCAAUAACAAGCAUAAGCAGAAUCAUAAACGAAAAUAUUUCUUUGUUAGCCGAUGCCAUGGAAGGAUUUGUAAUUUGGCCUGAGCCUGAAGAAGUCCAGAUUAAUUUGCCAAGCAGCUUUAAACACAGAUUUGGAGCAAUUAACACUAUUAUAGACUGCUUCGAAAUUCAAAUACAGAAGCCAACUAAUGCGAUCAACCAAGUAUUGACAUAUUCUAUGUAUAAGAAAUGCAAUACUAUUAAGUAUUUAAUAGCCUGUUUGCCGGAUGGAAUAAUCAACUUCAUUUCUAAAGGAGCUGGUGGAAGAAUUUCGGAUCAAGAAAUUGUCAGAAAUAGUGGGUUUCUUGACAAACUGUCAAAAAACACCAUGGUAAUGGCAGAUAGAGGGUUCAAGUCGAUCGAGCUGGACUUACGUAUUAAAAAAUGUACUUUAGUCAGACCACCAAGCACAAAUGCAUCUAAAAAAAUGAAUCGCGAUGAAGUUAUGGCUAAUAAAAGAAUAGCCAGUCUGCGAAUACAUGUGGAGAGAGCUAUUGGAAGACUUCGAGAGUUCGAACUACUUAAACCGCAUGCGACAGUUGAAAGUAAGGUGAUUAACAAAUUAGAUUAUUAUGUAUGUAUUGCUUGUGGAUUUUGUAAUAUUCAGUCUAAUCUAAUCAACGAAUAAACUCAAAUUUUGUCACUGUGGUUCAAUGCAAGUAUUAUGGAAGAAUGGGACACUAAAUUUAAAUGUAAUUUCUUAGAAUGACCUUCGUAUAUCUGAAAGUAUUUCUUAAUAUUUCUCGCAUAAUUUAGGAUAACCCUCUAAAACUAUUGGUAAUCACGUGCAUGG